GGUGCGCUUGAGGAGUCAAAAAAGAUUGACCCGUUAUCACUUACUCGUGGUGUUCGACAGUUUAGGUUUUCCCUUGAGCGUUGGAUCGAAAAGGAAUAAUAUUAUCAUCUCUUCGUUUAUUGUUGUUUUCACUUAAGCGUUGGAUCGGAUAGUGAAAUUAAUGAUACCAUCGCCUCAUGCAAUUUUUUGUUUUUUUUUCUCUUAUGGUGUAGAAUGAUGAAACAAGUGAACAAGGACGAUUUCAGCCUAAUACUGAUGUAUCUGAUUUGCAAAGUUUCUGUCUAGACUAUUACGAGAAAACUAUCGUAGCAAUGAUCAAGAUCACUAGCAAAGUAGAAAUUGAUUCAAGUGCAUCCACGUCUUCCUCUACUGAUAACCAAGUUUCCACAAGUGUCAAUGUCAGAGCUCUCGGUGAUCAACUUAUAUAUGCAUGUGAAAUUGCUCGUGUUCUCUUCAAAGUUUUGGAGCUUCUUUCGAAAGAUGUACCACUGACUUUUGGGAAUUUGGAAGCGUACGCUGAAGUCAAACAACUAGCCAAAAUCUUUAGGCCUUACAACAUUAUUCCCCAAUUUGAUAAUAACGAAAAUCAUUCUAUAAGGAGACUACCUGAGUUGCAAACUGCUAUAAAUGCACUUAAUCACCACCCGUGGUCGGCGCCAACUCACGAAAAUAAACGGGAUGAAGAAAUAAUCUCAGGGAUGUUAGAACAGGUUGAUUACCCGAGCGCAUCUCGAUCUCACGAAAGACCUGCCUGCCAAGAGUCCGAACCCGGGGUACCAGAAAUGGAGACAGCAGAUAAGCCUGCUGGUGGCAUACAAGUACCCGAAUUAUUAAUAUUUCUUUUUUCAGUACAUGUUCUUAUUUUCUUAGUAUUGUUCGUAGUAUUCAUUAUAAAUUUAUGUGCUGAAUCUAAUAACCAAAACGGUGCUGUUUGACUA